CGUCCAUGGAGAUACGCGUCAGAAGAAUGAUGGCGAUGUGUAGUGUAGUGCGAUGUGCCGCUGUUAGUUUGACCUCGUCUCUUUCUCGACUUUCACGCAGAAAUCUUCUGAUUCCCGUCAGACAGCUUGAGUCGAGCUGCUUUAACAGAUCCCUCAGCACGAGCUCUCCAUUCUGUGCAGCGCUGAGAUUCACAGACAAGCACGAGUGGGUUCGUGUGGAGAGUGGCGUGGCGACAGUGGGCAUCAGUAACUUUGCUCAGGAGGCGCUGGGGGAUGUAGUGUACUGCGGACUACCUGAAAUAGGAACAAAGCUUUCACAAUCAGAUGAAUUUGGUGCUCUGGAAAGUGUUAAAGCAGCGAGUGAGUUGUACUCUCCUCUGACGGGUGAGGUGACAGAGGUUAAUGACGCCCUAGCAGACAACCCAGGUCUGGUGAACAAGUCCUGCUACAAAGACGGCUGGCUUAUGAAGAUGAGCGUAUCUGUACCGGAGGAACUGGACGCACUAUUGGAUGAAGCUGCUUAUGAGAGAUACAUCAAAUCUAUAGAAGACUAGAUAACGCCGUUGAUGUGUGCGAAAUCACACGUGCAUUACUUUAUCCGAUACAUUUCUGUUUGUAGUUGAUUUAGUUGAGAUUUUCUUAUCCGAAAUGCAUAACCACGUCAAAACACAAUCAGCGAAUGAAGGGGGACCACACGGACACGACGCUAUGCAACAAACAAACUUGACUGGAUUGAACCAGUUAUAUUCAUUGUGUGGCCACAGAUAUUUGAUCAUUACAGCCAGUGUAACGGUUUCGUCUCUUUUAUAGAUGUUACACUGUUCCUGUGAUAGCUUGCCGUUGUUUAAAUAAGCUUAAAGUAAAACGAGUGGAAAUUCUAUCCGGAUGACUGAAAACUGUCAGGGUUAUUUUGAGUCAGGGCUCAACAGUAAGGAAGUCUAACUGCCCGAGGCUGUGAGAGAGUUUGUCUACUUAAUGAUACUGUCACUCGCUCUGUUGAGUCGUGCUUCUUUUGACCAUAUCUAACAUAGAUGUAGAUUUGUUGACGUUACAAGAAUGUGAUACUGUAGGUUUGGAAAUAUAUGUUAGAAGCACAGGUGUUAAUGUCUACAUUAUAUUUUUGUGAAGUCUAACAUUUGAUUAAAAAAAAUGACAAAUGUUGCUAGAAUAUACAUUUGGUCCAGUAGAGGCCAGUUCAAAUCUGCAUUUCUGUCCUGAAAAGUCCUUAUUGUUGAGCCUGCGAGUGGAUGACGGCUGCUACUUUACAUGGUGAAAUAUGCUCUUUCUGUGUUGGACUCAGAGUGCUAAAGCUAUUAAUAUCAUUAAACAACUGUUUAAAACAGA